UUCAAUUACAAAAAGUUUCAUUCCAUUGUGCUGAUGGCAAUGUGUGAUGCCCAUUAUCAGUUUGUGUAUGUUGAUGUUGGAGAAUCUGGCCGGUGGAGUGACUCUGGAGUCUUCGAAAAUACAACAUUUGGAUCAGCAUUCCUAAAUGGAAAAGUCCAGUUACCAGACCCCAGACCUCUGAUAAAUGAUGGCAAGAAGAUGCCAUAUUGCAUUGUUGGGGAUGAGGCUUUUCCAUUGAAGACAUGGAUUAUGCGACCAUAUCCUGGUAAAUCUUUGGACUGUGUAGCAAAAAAAGUAUUCAAUUACAGAUUAUCAAGAGCUAGAAGGACAAUUGAAAAUACAUUUGGCAUCAUGGUUUCCAAGUGGAGAAUCUUGAAAACUGCUAUUGUUGCUGAGCCAAACAACGUUGUCAAAUUGGUUAAAGCUAUAUGUGUUCUUCACAACUUUCUGCGAAAGCAAUCUGCAGCAAGUUACACACCUCCUGGCUCGACAGAUAUAGUGGAUGAAAAUGGCCAAAUAAAUGAAGGGAGUUGGAGAGCUGAGAUGGAAAAAGCUACUCUUCAACCCAUUGCUCAGAGCUCUAGAAACCAAACAAAAGCAGCUCUUAGAGUAAGAGAAGAUUUUGCAUGUUAUUUUAUGUCAUCUGAAGGAGAGUUAUCUUGGCAAGUGGAUUAUGUCCUUCGUACAUCAUAAUCAU